AUGGAAGAAAUGGAAGAGGAGUUAAAAUGUCCAGUGUGCGGUUCUUUCUAUCGAGAGCCUAUCAUUCUGCCUUGCUCUCACAAUUUGUGCCAAGCAUGCGCCCGCAACAUCCUAGUGCAGACCCCGGAGGCCGAGUCUCCGCAAAGCCGUCGGGCCUCUGGUUCUGGGGUCUCUGAUUAUGACUAUCUGGACAUGGAUAAGAUGAGUCUGUACAGCGAAGCGGACAGCGGCUACGGCUCUUAUGCGGGUUUCGCAAGUGCCCCCACCACUCCAUGUCAGAAGUCUCCCAAUGGAGUCCGGGUGUUUCCCCCUGCCAUGCCACCCCCCGCGGCCCACUUGUCAGCAUCUCUGGCCCCAGUGCCUCGCAACUCCUGCAUCACUUGUCCUCAGUGCCACCGUAGCUUGAUCCUAGAUGACCGGGGAUUGCGCGGCUUUCCUAAAAACCGCGUUCUGGAAGGGGUCAUCGAUCGCUACCAACAGAGCAAAGCGGCGGCCCUCAAGUGCCAGCUUUGUGAAAAGGCCCCCAAGGAGGCUACAGUAAUGUGCGAACAGUGUGACGUUUUCUACUGUGAACCAUGUCGGCUCAGGUGCCACCCGCCUAGGGGACCUCUGGCUAAACACAGACUCGUGCCCCCAGCCCAAGGCCGUGUUAGUCGGAGGCUGAGUCCCCGUAAAAUUUCCACCUGCACCGAUCAUGAACUAGAAAACCACAGUAUGUAUUGUGUCCAGUGCAAGAUGCCCGUGUGUUACCAGUGUUUAGAGGAGGGCAAGCAUUCUAGUCAUGAAGUCAAGGCUUUGGGAGCCAUGUGGAAGCUCCACAAGAGCCAGCUUUCUCAGGCUCUGAAUGGAUUAUCGGAUAGAGCCAAAGAAGCAAAAGAGUUCCUGGUGCAGCUGCGAAAUAUGGUUCAGCAAAUUCAGGAGAAUAGUGUUGAGUUUGAAGCCUGCCUGGUGGCCCAAUGUGAUGCUCUCAUUGAUGCUCUCAACAGAAGAAAAGCUCAGCUGCUUUCCCGAGUCAACAAGGAACAUGAACACAAGCUAAAGGUUGUACGAGAUCAGAUAUCUCAUUGCACAGUAAAACUGAGACAGACUACUGGCCUCAUGGAGUACUGCCUGGAGGUUAUCAAGGAAAAUGAUCCCAGUGGUUUUUUACAGAUCUCUGAUGCACUCAUUAGAAGAGUGCACUUGACUGAGGAUCAAUGGGGAAAAGGGACCCUUACACCAAGGAUGACAACAGACUUUGAUUUGAAUCUAGACAACACGCCUCUGCUGCAGUCCAUCCACCAACUUGACUUUGUACAAAUGAAAGCUUCCUCUCCAGUGCCAGCAGCUCCUCUGCUACAGCUUGAAGACUGUUGCACACACAACAACAGUGCUACAUUGUCGUGGAAACAGCCACCUUUGUCAACAGUGAUAGCAGAAGGAUACAUUCUGGAACUAGAUGAUGGAAAUGGUGGUCAGUUCCGAGUGAUAUAUCAGUCUCUGUGUACAGUAGAUGGAAUACAUUGCACAUUUUAUUCAGAAUAUUACUCAUAUUGUAAACAAUUUCUUAAGACUGCCUACUUUUUCUUAUCUUUGACGAAUAUAAUAUACCAUCUCUUUAUAGGAUGCAAUUUUGAGACACAAUCAGCACCUUUCUCCCAACUGGUUGAUAUAAAAAAGCUGGUAGCAGUUGCCUGGUUUGCAUUUGACCCUGGCUCUGCACACUCUGACAUUAUCUUCUCCAAUGACAACCUGACUGUGACCUGCAAUAGCUAUGAUGAUCGUGUUGUGCUAGGAAAGACUGGCUUCUCUAAGGGAGUCCAUUAUUGGGAGCUGACAAUUGAUCGUUAUGACAACCAUCCAGAUCCUGCUUUUGGUGUAGCCUGUAUUGAUGUGAUGAAAGACAUGAUGUUGGGAAAGGAUGACAAGGCUUGGGCAAUGUAUGUGGACAAUAAUCGAAGCUGGUUCAUGCACAACAAUUCACACACCAACAGAACUGAGGGAGGGAUCACAAAGGGUGCCACAAUUGGAGUCCUUCUUGAUUUAAAUAGAAGAACAUUAACAUUUUCUAUCAAUGAAGAUCAACAAGGUCCUAUUGCCUUUGAGAAUAUGGAAGGUCUAUUCUUUCCUGCUGUCAGCCUGAACAGGAAUGUCCAGGUAACACUUCAUACUGGACUGCCAAUACCUGACUUCUACUCCAGUAGGGCAUCAGUAGCAUAA